AUGGGCAUCAUGAGGUGGGAGGACUCAUCAUCAGAACCCUCCUUUUUCCCCCAGUAUGGAAAAAGACCCAGACCAGGAGCUGGACUACUGCCAGACAAUCAGAGCAGCUGUGUAGCAGAUGCUGGUCUGCAGGAGAUUUUAGAGGAACAUAAGAACAGUCUGAGGAAGAGAUGUGAAUGUGUGACUGAAGGAAGUGAUAAACCAGGAAGUAGAACCCUCCUCAACAUGAUCUACACGGAUCUCUACAUCACAGAGGGGCAGAGUGAAGAAGUUAAUACCCAACAUGAGGUGAAGCAGCUGGAGAGAGCUUUCAAGAUCCAGAAUCUUUGUCGCUCUCAAAUCAUGUGCCACGACAUCUUUAAAGCCUUACCUGACCAACAUGGACCCAUCAGAGUGGUUCUGACCAAUGGCGUUGCUGGUGUUGGAAAAACCUUCUCAGUGCAGAAGUUCACUCUGGACUGGGCAGAGGGCUCAAAGAACCAAGAUGUCAGUUUGGUGGUUCUGCUUUCGUUCAGGGAGCUGAACUUGAUCAGAGAUGAGCAGCACAGUCUUCUCACACUGCUCCAUGUUUUCCAUCCAAAACUUCAGAAACUCCCAGCAGAGAAGCUGUCUGUCUGUAAACCUCUCUUCAUCUUUGACGGCCUGGAUGAAAGCAGACUUUCUCUGAACUUUGAUGACAGGCAGCUGGUUUCUGACGUCACACAGAAGUCAUCAGUCAACGUUCUGCUGACAAACCUCAUCAAGGGGAACCUGCUUCCCUCGGCUCUCGUCUGGAUAACUUCACGACCUGCAGCGGCCAAUCAGAUCCCUCCUUCAUGUGUUGCCAGGGUAACAGAAGUACGAGGCUUCACCAACACCCAGAAGGAAGAGUACUUUAGGAGGAGGUUCAGUGAUGAAGAGCUGUCCAGCAGAAUCAUCUCCCACAUCAAGACCUCCAGGAGCCUCCAUAUCAUGUGUGCAAUCCCAGUCUUCUGCUGGAUCACUGCUAGAGUUCUGGAGAACAUGUUGACCACAGAACAGAGAGGAGAGCUGCCAAAGACCAUGACCGACAUGUACUCACACUUCCUGCUGGUCCAGACGAAGAGGAAGAAGAACAAGUACCAAGAAGGACAUGUGAGUAGUCCACAGGAGCUGAUGGAGGCUGACAGGGAAGUUCUUCUGAAGCUGGGGAGGCUGGCGUUUGAACAUCUGGAGAAAGGAAACAUCAUGUUCUACCAAGAAGACCUGGAGCAGUGUGGUCUGGAUGUCACAGAGGCCUCGGUGUACUCAGGAGUUUGUACAGAGAUCUUCAAAAGAGAGAGUGUGAUCUUCCAGAAACCAAUCUACUGCUUUGUUCAUCUGACCAUUCAGGAGUUUCUGGCUGCAGUCUACAUCUUCCACUGUUUCACUAACAACAACACAGGGGUGAUGGAGAGCUUCCUGGAGGAAGAACUAGUUGAAGGAAUAAAUUGUGAAACAUCUCUGGAGGAGUUCUUGAAACGAAUCAUGGAGAAAUCCCUCAGAAGUAAAAAUGGCCACCUAGACCUGUUUGUUCGCUUCUGUCAUGGCCUUCCUAUGGAGUUCAACCAGAGACUUUUAGGAGACAUUGUGGGUCAUAUAGAAACCGGUCCUGAAACCAUCCAGAGAGUCAUCAAUAAUCUGAAGGAGAUGAACACUGGUAAUAUCUCUCCAGACAGAAGCAUCAACAUCUUCCAAUGCGUGAUGGAGAUGAAGGACCUCUCAGUUUUUCAAGAGAUCCAACAGUUCCUGAAAUCAGAGACCAGAUCAGAGAAGCUCUCAGAGAUCCAUUGCUCAGGUCUGGCCUACAUGCAGAUGUCAGAGGAGGUUCUGGAUGAGUUGGACCUAGAGAAGUACAACACAUCAGAAGCAGGACGACGGAGACUGAUUCCAGCUGUGAGCAACUGCAGAAAGGCUCGACUUAAUGGCUGUAAACUCUCAGAGACUGAAUGUGAAGUUGUAGCCUCAGCUUUGAAGUCCAACUACUCUCCUGUGGCUGAAGUGGAAAUUAGAGAGAUCGAUGGAGUUCGAGACGCUGGAAUGAAGCAUCUGUGUGAGAUACUGGAGAGUUCAGUCUGUAAAGUGAGGAUCCUCAGCUUGUGGAGCUGCCGUUUGUCUGUGAUGAGCUGUGCUUCUCUGGGCUCAGCUCUGAAAUCCAACCCCUCCCAUCUGACAGAACUUGACCUGAGCUGGAAUGAAGACCUGAAAGAUGCUGCAACGAAGGAGCUAUGUAGUUUUCUCCAGACUCCCCUUUGUAAACUACAGAUAUUGAGAUUAAGGAGCUGUCGUUUGUCAGAGAUCAGCUGUGUGUCUCUGGGCUCAGCUCUAAAGUCAAACCCCUCACAUCUGACAGAACUGGACCUGAGCUGGAACAAAGACCUGAAAGAUGCUGGCGUGAAGGAGCUCUGUGGUUUUCUCCAGACUCCCCACUGCAAACUACAGAUAUUGAGAUUGAGGAGCUGCAGAUUGUCAGAGGUCAGCUGUGCUUUUCUAGACUCAGCUCUGAAGAACAACCCCUCCCAUUUGACAGAACUGGACCUAAGUCAGAACCAAGACCUGAAAGAUGCUGGAGUGAAGGAGCUUUGCGGUUUUCUCGAGACCCCCCUCUGCAAACUACAGCUGUUGAGAUUGAGGAUGUGCAGUUUGACCGAGAUCAGCGGUGCUUCCCUGGGCCCAGCUCUAAAGUCCAACCCCUCCCAUCUAACAGAACUGGACCUAAGUCAGAACCAAGACCUGAAAGAUGCUGGAGUGAAGGAGCUCUUUGGUUUUCUCCAGACUCCCCUCUGUAAACUACAGAUAUUGAGGUUGCAGCGCUGCAGGGUGUCAGCGAUCAGCUGUGCUUCUCUGGUGUCAUCUCUUAAGUCCAACCCCUCCCAUCUGACGGAACUGGACCUGAGCUUCAACAACCUGAAGGAGUCAGAUGUACAGCAGCUGGAGGAUCUUGUAAAGAGUCCAGACUUCAAACUGAAAUCUGUGGAGUGGUGGUCCCUGGUACCAUCUUUGUAGAGGAAAACAGCCGAUCUAUGUCCUGCUGAUCAACAGAGAUUUAAGCUGCAGCAAUUUGAGUUUAAAGAGACUGACUGGAUCAUGAUUAUGAACUCUGAGUUUAGAUAUUUUGUUUGAUUAUGUCUGUCAUUUAUUAUCUGAUAUUGUUUAACUCUUUGGGUGAAGACCAAAUGAAAACUAAGCUUAAUUUAGUGGCAACAUUUAGUUUUUUUAUUGAAUUUCCUGAAACUGUAAAGUUGGUCUUAUUUCUCUCAUAAAUGUUCAGCCUGCAACCAAAAAAUAUCAAAACAAGGUCAACAUUUUCAGGUUGCAUGUUUGCUUAAUUGUGAUGCAGUUUUUUGGUUUCUUUCAAAAAGGUGUGUAUGUGGGCAGCGCUGUUGCCUUGCAGCAAGAAGUUCCUGGGUUCGAGUUUGACCCUGGGUCUUUCUGCAUGGAGUGGGGGAGUGCUGGCCCAGUGGUUAGAUCAUUGCGCUUGUGUCCUGCAGGUUCUGGGUUCUCCCACAUACCCUUCAAGGGGAUGGAUUAAAAGCAGAGAAAAAAAUUCAUUGGAAUGUAUGUUGCAAUGACAAUAAAGAUGAUAAAAAAACAGUAUUGUAAAAAAAUUGAAAUGCUAAUUUCAGCUACUGUAUAUGUGAGCAGGGCUCUCCACUCUCAUGCAUUGACCAUGUUACACAUGCAUUUCCCUGUCACACAGGGCAUUCCUCAGAGAUCAAAUAUUUCUGGCACAACUUCACCAACUUUCAAAGAGCAUAAAUAAACUGGUCGAUGAUAACUUCAGCAAGACUUGAAAGUUCGGGACCAUACUUUAUUGACAGACCAUAACAUUUCGGCGUGUGGCCUUCUUCAGGGUCAUUACAAAGCACUCAUCAGCUGUCUUUAAAUAAGAAGUACAAUGCAGAAAAAAAUAAAAUAAACUUAUCACUUAUUCACACAUACAUAAACUGAUCAAUCAGCAUCCAGGUGGAUAAAACUUGCUGACUGGUUAAACUAGUGCCUGAUUAGGUUCUUGCUGAAAACACAGUUUUAAAUAGGGAAUAUAAUCCCACAUUUACAACAGUACUUCAUUCCCACAAAAAUACAAUCAAAUCAGAUCCAUACAUUGCAACCGCAAAACCACCAGAAGUAACAGUAUUGUGACAAAAAACUUUAUCUUCAUAAAAACAAUAAGCAAAACCAAUAAAAACCAUUGCAAUUGUACAUUCCUAUGAAAUUUGUCAUCUGCAUUUAACCCAUCCCAGAUUGCUGCCCAGGGAACAAUCUCGGUGUAAGGGUCUUGCUCAGGGACCCACAGUGGUAGUCUGUGGGGAUUUAAUCAGGUACUUGCAACCUUUUGAGAGUGCUGCUCUAACCACUAGUCCACCACCCCCCAAAGCAAAUGGAGAUGUUAGGGAUUGAACCCAGGAUCUCAUACAUCCCCACAUAAUCACAGUUAGCAAUAUAAUCUGUGAUGCGUGUCUGUAUUUUCAUCUUUUAGGGCCCUUGGACAUAAUCAUCAAUAAGUAAUAACCAUUCAUUUAUCUUAUGAUUAUCACAUAUGUAUAAUAAAAAUACUUUUGGCAUGUUCUGUGUAUUUUUUCUGAGUACAGUAUUAUAUGACUAACUGUGUAUGAUUUACUAUCCCUUUCAUGAAAUGACAUGGGCUUAAACAGACAUUUAAAGUGCUUGUGUAACUUGUAAGAAAGAGCUGGAUGAUUGUGCAACCUGGACAAUGAUCUGCAAAACAGUGAGAUUUUAAAAUUAAGGCAACUUUUACUUCUGCUGCUUUAAAGGUAUAGUACAUAGCCAUGUUAU